GUUCAGUGCGCGCAUCUCUAGCUCUCGCUCGAGAAGCAAAUAUGGCUCCUCCACCAGAUAGAGCUUUUGGUGGUUAUCGACUGUUUGUUGGAGAUAUUGGAACAAGAGUUGGCAAAAAUGAUUUGGAGAGAGAAUUUGAUCGCUAUGGCCCUAUAACUGAUGUCUGGGUAGCAAGGAAUCCUCCCGGUUUUGCCUUUGUGGUUUACAUGUAUCGUGAAGAUGCAGACAAAGCAGUCCGAUCACUGGAUGGAAGACUGAUGUGUGGCCGCAGGGUUCGUGUUGAACACGCUCGCCCCUACCCUGGCGUGCCUCCGCCACGUAAAAGCUAUGACUCCAGCAGAAGUAUGGGCAGACGCAGAAGCAGAUCUAGGGACAAGAGAAGAUCGCGUUCAAGGUCACCGUUACGAAAGAGAUCCAGAUCAAGGUCACCGUUACGAAAGAGAACUAGAUCGAGGUCACCGUUACGGAAGAGAACCCGAUCGAGGUCGCGUUCCAGCCGAAGGAGAAGGGAUAGUCAUAUGUCCAGGACGAGAUCACGCUCCCCACACAGGUCUAGAGACAAGUCCAGGUCCCCUAGGAGGUCUAGGACUAGGACUCCUAGGAAGUCUAGGUCUAGAACUCGGACCCCUAGGAAGUCUAGGUCUAGGACUCGGACUCCUAGGAAGUCCAGGUCCAGGUCCAAGUCGCAUAGAUCCAGAACACCAGAGAAAAGACAGUCCAAGUCCACAUCCAAGUCUCCAGCUAGAUCUAGACCUAGAUCCAAGUCUCCAUUAACUUCUCCUGAAGACAAGAAGAGCUUAUCCCAGGAGCUGUCAAGUACUCGGAGGCGUCGUGGUAGUGAGAAGAGUACCGGUAGUCAUCGUAGCGGAGGGGACAGAGAGACGGGACAGGAGGAAGAGAACAAUGGACGUGUGGAGAUGACCGAAGCAGCUAUGGCCAAACCACAAGUUGAAGACCUCAUAGAAUGGAAUCCAUUGGACCAAGUCUCUGAAGAUAAGUCUGAAAACAGGGCAGAGAAACAGGAUAAAGAGAAGGAACAACCUAGCCAACAAAUUGAAGAAAGCUAAAACACCUUAGCCUGCUCAUAGCUAAUACUUGUCACAUAUCUGUACAUGAUCUAAUAGAUGUAUAUGUAUAUGUUUGUUUGUAUGCUUUCAAUAUCUAAUGUUAACCUAAUGGCUUCUGAAUACUAUCAGUUCCAUAGACUUAGUACAUUAUCCUCCUGGAUCUCAUAGACAAAAGUGGUAAGUUACUCCUUUUCCCCCUUCAAUAUGUUCAAAAUUAUGUGCCGUGCUCUAUCUAUCUAUGUGAUAUGUAUAAAUAAUUAAUGAUCGUACACCUGGGUGGAGAGCUUCAAAUGUGGAUUAAUGCCUUACCAAAAGAUGUUAGUGCCGGGCUGGGAUUUGAACCCUCAACCCUUGGAUAGAUAGUUAAGUGAUUGAUUCACUACACCACAACACCUCUGUAACAUAAAGAGAUACAUGUACUUGUAAUCGGUAACAUAAUUCCAACCUAAUUUGGCUGAAGUGCAGAAAGCAUUGGGGUGUACUUGAUCUCAACAGAUUUUGCAGUCAUAACAUAAAAUGGCUAUAGGCAUAAAUAUUGAUCUGAAAACAAUUUAUUCAGGAAUAUUGAAUUUUAAAACGAGCUAGAGCCUUGAUCCGUGGUAUAUGAAUUCAAUCUUAUGCCUGUGGUAAUGAUUGAAAACAUGUCUGAAUUCAAUCUUCUGCCAGUGGUAAUGAUUGAAAACAUGUCUGAAUACAAUCUUAUGCCAGUGGUAAUGAUUGAAAACAUGUCUAAAUUCAAUCUUCUGCCAGUGGUAAUGAUUGAAAACAUGUCUAAAUUCAAUCUUCUGCCAGUGGUAAUGAUUGAAAACAUGUCUAAUUUCAAUCUUCUGCCAGUGGUAAUGAUUGAAAACAUGUCUAAAUUCAAUCUUCUGCCAGUGGUAAUGAUUGAAAACAUGUCUAAAUUCAAUCUUCUGCCAGUGGUAAUGAUUGAAAACGUGUCUGUAUCGAUGAUUAAAUCUUAUGCCAGUGGUAAUGAUUGAAAACGUGUCUGUACCGAUGAUUAAAUCUUAUGCCAGUGGUAAUGAUUGAAAACAUGUCUGCACCCAUUGCGAAGCAGUGACAGAACUUAGCCUCUAACUUCUCUUAGAAAUGUUUUUUCUGGAUGUGGAUGCUUUCCUUGUCUUCGUCUUGGCUAGUUGUCAUUUAUCCAAUGUCAUUUAUCACAUGUAGUUCUCAUAAUUUAGUAUAGAAUAGAUUAUUUCAUUGUUGAAAUAGCAUUCUACCUUAUGGGUGUACAGGGGCAGAGUUAAAAUGGAAAUAGAUGUUAGACACUUAAGAUUUCUAAAAAUUGAAUUGAGUACUAUUAGAUUGACUACUAGUAUUAUUAUAUAAAUUCCCAAUUAUUUGAAAUGAUAUGUAGACGGAACAGAACUGUUAACCGUUUGAUCUCCAAGAGUUAUGAAUAGAUUUGUCUAUUUUUAUAUAAACAUGUUUCAGCUAAAUUUGAUGAUGAGGUACAGGUGACUAUGUGUAAUAGGUCAAUUCUAUUGGGUAGCCAACAAAAUAAUGGACUCAAUCAGACUUGUGCAAAAUUUCAUUUAAGGAAUGUAAAUUAACACGUUUUGUAUAGUAAGUGAUUUGACUUGGGGAAAUUAGACUUUUACAGUUUGAUUUAUGCAGAGUUAACUGUAGCUUUUGGUGUUAAAAUUGAUUCAUUUAUACAAGUUUCAUUCUUUAUCAAAUUAAGUUCUAGUUUUUGUGUUUAUUUCAUCUGUUUGAUGUCAAUAGGGCAUUCAGUCAUAUACAGAGUUGACGCCCCUCUGGCUUCAAACCAACCAACCAUUUUCAGUGUUUUAUUCUUGUUGCUUUCGAGUUAGGAUCGAUACCUUUUGAUGAUAGAUAUUUAAUUGAUCCAAUAAAUUCUUAAUGACUUCCGUUUCUGAAGAUUAGCACGAUCAUAUCAAUUGAAGUACAUCACUGUUGUAGAAUACUAGAAUUGCAGAAUUUUCUUUGAUAGAAUGCAGUGUUGUAGUCAAGGCUUUGACUAGCAAGGCUUCAACCUCUCAAGGUCAACAAUGAUAGAAUGUUGAUGAUUGUAUUGAAAUCAAUCGUAACUGUUGAUUCAUUGAAAAUGUAGACCUUAAAUCCAACAUAAAUGAAAGGCUUGUGCUUGAUGCUUGUGCUUUCUAUGCAAUCACUCAUUCCGUGUUGCAACUUUGGUAGAUACAAACUUUUUUCCUUUCUUUUUGGAAAACCACAGUGUUUUGUUAGCCUGGAAGUACUAAAAUAAUAGUUGUAUCAGAGUAUAGGUUCACAGUUCAUUUAUAGAAGUUUUGAGCUUUGGACAUGAUUUCCUUUGAAAAGAUUACACAUAGUUGACAGCAUUUACUGGUAAGAGGAAAAACUCUUUUUACCUCGUACUCACAUCUCCUUCUACUCCAUGUGAUAAACAUGUACUUGAGGACGUGUUAGUGUUAUCAUUUCAAGUUUUUAAAUGCCAUUAGGCGAAAUUUAAAUACUUUGUUUUUAGCGUCCCUGCCUGCUUCCUUU